ACGCCGUACUGGGAUCUGAAAAUAAAUCUACAUUUGAUAGAAUUCUCGCUCAUCGUCAAAAUAUUUACCGGCAAUGAACAGUUCAUUGCAUUUAUCAGAACACCGCGGAUCAAUAUUUUGCUACGAAACUUCAUAAAUUCACCUGUACCCACGUGUUUUAGUGAAAAAAUAAAGUAUAAACAUCAAUGAACGUCUCUAGCUGAGUUCAAUAAUUUCGAAACAUUUCGCUAAGUUCAGAACAAUCGUACAGCAUCUUCAUUCGUCGUUCUAUUUUAACCACAUACGGUUGGAAGUGAAAAAUUUCUCCGCCGCCAUUUUUCAACUACUAGAUUAGAUGGAAAUUUAUAAGAAAGAUGGAUUUUUUCAAAACUAUUGUGAGACUGCCCGAAAAGACAUUAGCUCGAACAAGUUCAACGAAUUUGCUCAAUUGGACAAUGAUGAGAAGAGAUUUGGAUUCAUAAAGUCAAUGAAAUCAAUCAUAACCGAUCUUAAGCUAUCACAUCAGUUUAAUGGAAAAAAUUUGGAAAAGUCAUUGCAAUUCAAAAAUCUAGGCAACAAAGCGUUUCAAAAGGAAAGCUGGAAUGAGGCAUUGGCGUAUUACAACAUGUGUUAUUUGUCCAUUCCUGACUCGAAUGAGCAGGGCAAAGCAAUUGUAUUAGCAAACCGAUCCGCUGCGCUGUAUCAUUUAGAAAAAUAUGACCUCGCCUUGAAAGACAUUCAGCGAGCCAUCGGUCACCAAUAUCCGAAAGAAAUGAUGUAUAAAUUAAGGGAGCGACAAGCACGUUGUUACCUUGGAAAGAAGGAUCAUGUCAGUGCUCUCAAGAGUUUUAAAGAAACGGUACAAGCCCUCGAUGAUUGUCAACUACCACUGGAACGACGACAAAAGUUGGAACGAGAUGCACAAAUUAUGAUAAAUUUACUUCCACGAAAUAUUGAGGCAGAGAAAAAACUUACCAAAUCUAAGAAAUCAGCUGGAGUUACUUCAAAGAAAUCCGCUAUACCUGAGCACUUCGUUGACAAAGCUCUUUACUUUGAUUACACGGAAAACGAAGGUCGUUUUGCAAAAACCAAUAGUGACUUGAAACCAAACACCAUCUUGCUGUUAGAAAAACCUUAUGUUUCCGUACUGCUCGAAGAAUACAGUUUGACUCACUGCAGUAGAUGCUUUAAAAGAGCUUCCGUUCCAAUAUGCUGUCCAAAAUGCUCGGACGUCAUCUUCUGCUCCGAAAACUGCGCCAAAAGCUCGAGUUUCCAUCAAUUCGAAUGUGGAUUUCUUCCGAUUCUUUGGAAAUCUGGAGCCUCAAUCACAUGUCACAUGGCUUUACGGAUGAUCACUCAACACUCCGAGGAAUAUUUUCUAAAACUACGAUCUGAGUUAGCAGCGUUAUCGAGUAAGGAAACAGAUAAGCUGACAAACGAUGACUACAGGAAGGUUUACAAACUGGUAACCCACGAGGAAAAACGUUCAGCGGAAGAUUUUUUUCAGCGUUCGUUAAUGGCUAAUCUACUGAACGCAUGUUUAACUCUUGGUGGAUAUUAUAGUACACCGGAAUCUGAAAGUUACAUAGGAGGCCUCCUGCUACACAAUCUGCAACUGCUUCAGUUCAACGCCCAUGAAAUUUCAGAACUUCAACGGGAGAGUGAGCGAGAUAUAGGAAAUUCAGUCUUUAUCGGAGGUGGACUCUAUCCGACUGUAGCACUAUUCAACCAUUCUUGCGACCCAGGAGUUACACGUCAUUUUCGAGGAAACUCUAUUUGUGUUAGAACGAUCAAAAACAUUUCGGCCGAUUCUAUCGUUGCAGAAAAUUAUGGUCCGAUAUUUACACAAGUUUCCAGAGAUGAACGCCGCAAUACACUGCUACAUCAAUAUAAAUUUGAAUGUAGUUGUCGUGCUUGUGGAGAAAAUUGGCCAAAGUUUGCUGAUAUGAACCCCAAUAUAUUGCGAUUCAAGUGUGAUGGAAGCAAGAUUUGCUCCAAUGUAUUGGAGAUUCCCGCAGAAGUCAACGAGUUUAUGGUGCUUUGUACAGAGUGUGGAGAACAUACUAACAUAAUGAAGGGGCUCAAAUCAUUGCAGGAUACUGAUAUGCUGUUUAAGUCUGCUACUAAACUGCACAGUGCAGGUGAAUAUGAAGUGGCACUAGCAAAAUAUGUGGAAAUGAUGAACAUCAUGAACGAAGUAUUGGUUCCACCGUACCGUGACUAUCAUUUAUGUCAGCAAGGUAUGCGAUCAUGCAUGCUAGAGUUUGGAAAUCGCUACAUCAAAACAAAAUCUAAUAAAUGAACUCUUAGAAACGAAUAAACGAAUGUGUUCUCUGGUAUGCG